GUACAGGCGUCAGCUGACCCUUUCAGUGAACAAAAACAUCUUUCUAGCUAAGAGAGCAUCAUGGCCAACGAAGAUGAAGUCCUGGCCUUCACCAUCACCGACCAAGACUUGGCCGAUGAGAUGCACCUGGGCUUUGGCUUUGGCCGAUCCAGUCGUAAGCGUGGCAGCCAGAAUCGAGCCAUUUACGGCGUGUGGGCCGCGGAUUCCGACGAGGAAGACGCCGAUGACCACCAAGUCCAGGGACGGGCCAGUUUGAAGAAGGGCUACACUGGUCCGGUAGGAUUCGUUUCGGCCGGGAUUCAAGGCGCUCAACCUGAGCCCGCAUCAAUUUCGGACGACGAAGGGGCCGCUGAGUCGCGCUUGGGACCCGAGGGGCGGACCCAACCUUUGGAUUCGAGUGAUGAGGACGAGGGAUCGUUUCGAAUGCGGCCGGGCCAUCGAGCCGCCCCCAGUCACCACCCAGCCCAGUUGGAAGCAGUGGCUGGCCAAAUGGCCGGUCUGCGCACCGCCCAGUCCCACGCUCGUCAAGGCGAUGUCCGCUUGGGACGGGGAUUUGGGGAUUGGGAGAAGAAUACGCGCGGGAUCGGAUCCAAGUUGUUGCUCAAGAUGGGUUAUCAAGUGGGAAAAGGUUUGGGAAAGUCUCUCCAAGGUCGAUCGGACAUCGUGGAGGCUCAUUUGCGCCGAGGUCGCGGUGCUAUUGGGGCCUAUGGACGCGAAGGAGGUGGACCCAAGGCCACCGCCGCAGCCGCCGCAGCCGCCACGGUGGAUUCGGAAGAAGAGGAGGAUCGGCAAUUUCGGCAAGCCCGCAACCAAUGGCGAAAAGAGGCCAGUGGUGGAUCUCGAACCCGCGUCAAGACCGUGUACAAAAGCGCUGACCAAAUUCUAGCCGAAGGUCAAUGGCGGAAGAUCCAGCCAGAGGCUCCGGCGGCCUUGAAUCGCGUGAAAGUGAUCGAUAUGACGGGUCGCGAACAGCGGGUACUCAGUGGUUAUCACGCCAUCAGUGCUCAGCAAUUGCCCGAUGAUGAGAUCGAACCAGAUCAGGUCGAGUUCGCCAUCCCUGAGCUGAUGCAUAACAUGGAUUUGUUGGUCAAACACUGUGAGGAAGAUAUCAUCCAAGCCGAUCGAAAGCUGAAACAUCACCGCAACAAUGUGGAGCUUCUUCAAAAGGAGGAAGAAAAGCUGUCCGUUUUGGUUGAGCGCGAGUCCAAUGUCAUCCAGUCUCUGGAAUCCGUGCUAACCAUCGUGGAACAGAUCGAAAGCCUCCAUGAAAGCGCUCAGCUGGAUUUGGUCACGGCUCAAGCUCUAUUUCAACGGAUGAGUACCGAGUUUCCGGCCGAGUACCAAGACUACGGCUUGCCCCAUAUUGCCGUCACCGUGGUUAGUCCAUUGCUCAAGGCCGAGAUGAAUGAGUGGGACGUCUUGGCUCAACCCUCGCGGUAUCGACCUCUCUGGUUACAAUGGAAGGCAUUGUUAAACACUAGUGGUGGCACGCCCAUAUCAUCAGUCCAACACGAAGCCGAUCCUUUCUAUAACUUGCUAUGGGAAUCCUGGAUGAUCCAUGUCCGCUUGGCCAUUCAAAAGUGGGAUGCACGCAACCCUGACCAACUCAUUGAUUUUCUCAAAACUUGGACCCCGGUUGUUCAUCCCAGCAUUAUGGAAAACAUUCAGAACCUCGUUGUUCUUCCCAAGCUCCAAAGCACCGUCGAAUCAUGGAACCCCAUGUCUGAUCCCAUUCCGAUUCAUGCUUGGACGCAUCCGUGGUUAGAGGUUUUAGGGCAACGCUUGGACGUUGUGUUUCCCACCAUAAAGAACAAGUUGUCCGCCGCACUCACGGCCUGGCAUCCCUCGGACCGUAGUGCCCGUCUUAUUCUUUUGCCGUGGGUGGAUGUUUUUGACUCGGCAUCCAUGUACGCCUUUCUUCUCAAGAACAUUGUACCGAAAUUGGAAAAGGUGUUUGCCAGCUUUGAGAUUAAUCCGAGCCAACAAAACAUGGACGUUUGGGAAUGGGUCAUGGAUUGGGAUGGGUUCUUGCCUUCACCCACCAUUGUCAAUAUACUGGAGAAAAUCUUUUUCCCCACAUGGCUUAAGGUCUUGGCCCAAUGGCUCAACCAUAAUCCCAACUAUACCGAAGUCACGCGCUGGUUUGAGGGUUGGAAAUCCGAAUUGGCUAGUUUAAAGGACGUCCUUAAACAUCAACAGAUUUGGACAUUCCUCGGCCAUGCUCUGGAAAUGAUGGUGCGAGCCGUCUCUGGGGGUACGCCAAUGUCUUUACAACCCGGUGCGAUGGAGGCCAUGCAAUACCUGAAGACCAGAGAAAUGUCCGGCAAACCGUCCUUCCGCCCAACACCGCCCCCGAUGGCAGCCCCCACCAAUUUGACGUCCACUGGAUCAUCAGUUGGAGCAUCGUCACUGCCGUCAGCCUCUGUAGGCUUCAAAGAUCUUGUAAUCCGAAGGUGCGAAGAGCAUAAUUUAACAUUUGCCCCCCGUCAUGGUCGAACCUACCAAGGCAAACAAAUCUAUCAAUGCGGUCGGAACAUGCUGUUUUUGGAUAACAAUGUCAUCUUCGUUCAAAAGAAAGGGGCAUGGGUGCCAUCAUCCCUAAAUGACUUGAUGGAUUCUUCGUGAGAUGGGCAUGAAAUAAAAUGGGCGAGUUCGUGACGUUUUGACGAAAGCAGAACGCUUAUUAUCUCAUUUACUUAUUCUAUGUUGGAUUUCAAGUGCCAAGUCUUCAAGUUUUGUUCUUUUAUGUUUCAAUCAAGUUGGAAAAUACCUCAAAAGUAUCAGCCGUUGGGAGGAGAAAUAGAUAUUCUGUGAAUAGAAAGUCAUCUUCAAACUCAA